AUGGAGGAUGUUGUGUGUGAUAGGCUUGACAAGAUGAAGUUGACUAUUGAAGAGGAAGAAACUAUAGCCAUUUCGGAUGAUGGAAGAUUGGAAGCUAUUGAAAGUUGCACUUUGAGUUUGGUUGGAAAAUUCCUCACAUGUAAGUCUUUUAACAAAGUAGCAGCGAAGAAUACGAUUAGGCGAGCGUGGGGAUUGAAUGAUUCAUUGCAGAUUCUUGAAGUUAGGCUGAAUCUUUUCCAAUUCAAAUUUCAGUCAGAGUUUGAUUUGGAUAGGAUCUUGAGAGGAGGCCCUUGGUCUUUUGAUAAUCAGCUACUAUUACUUCAGAGGUGGAAGAAGGGCAUGAUCGUGGGAAAUAUUCGAUUGGAGUCGGCAUCCCUCUGGGUUCAAAUAUGGGAUGCAACAUUUGAUAUGGUUUCCCCUCAAGUUGCAAAGGAAGUGGGGAGUCGUCUGGGUGAGGUUGAGGAGGUGGAAUGGAAGAAGCGGAAAGAUGAUAUCAGCAUGUUCAUGAGAGUUCGGGUAGCAUUACCUAUCUCAAAACCUAUUCGAAGGGGAGGGUUUAUUGCUAGAUCGGAUGGUGUUAAAACGUGGGUGUCUUUUAAGUAUGAGAGACUGCCCAUCUUUUGUCACUACUGUGGGAUUUUAGGCCAUGAUUUGCGGCACUGUGCAGCCCAUUAUGCAGUGGAGAAAAAGGGUGACCGAAUUGAGUAUCAAUAUGGUGAUUUUCUCAGGGCUGUGGGUGGUCGUCCAAGAGUUUCAUCGUCCAAAGUCUCAGGUCAGAUGGCAGGUACGGAGGAGGAGACGGGGUCUGCAGCAGAGAAGAGUCCGAAACAAGGAAUUCAGGGUGUUUCGAUGAGUACAACGGCGGCGAUAGCAAGAACGAAUGAUGUUGGCAACCCUAGUGCCGUUGGAAACCCUAGUAAGGUGAUUAAUUCUGAGGCCGUGAUUUCUGGAACGGUAGCUGAAAUAACGCUCAGUAAUAAUGAGCGUAAUUACUCCCAUGCAAAUGUGAAGGGCGCAAAAUCUGUUAAUGUGGAAACGGGUAAGGAAAAUAAGGAGCAUGGACAGGUCAGCAUUACUUUAAAUGGAGAUGAUGAGUACGUGGGAGCUAAAUUCAAAUCCACUGACAAUGAUUUGGUGGAUGUGUUGAUACAAACUUAA